UUCAUAUUUUUCAUUGCCAGCGAAAAGAUGGCUCUUCUCAACGUUACCUUUUCUUCCCAACUCCCUCCACAAACACUUGUCUCCUUCGCCAUUCCUAAGCCUCGCUUCUCUUCUUCCUCUUCCGCAUGCUAUCGUGCGCCCCAGGGCCUGAAGCAGCUCGAAGCCCCUCGCAAUCUUGUGUUCUCUCUCGUAGAUUCCUUUGCCAAGGCAAGCCUGCUUGUUGCUCUCUCUUCCGAUCUCUUCUUCGUUGACCCCGCCCUCGCAUUUAAGGGAGGAGGUCCGUACGGAACCGAAGUGACGAGGGGUCAGGAUCUGUCGGGGAAGGAUUUUAGCGGGAAGAGUUUGAUCCAACAAGACUUUAAAACGUCAAUAUUGCGGCAAGCAAGUUUUAAGGGUGCGAAGUUGUUAGGUGCAAGCUUUUUUGACGCUGAUUUAACAGGGGCUGAUCUUUCUGAUGCUGAUCUCAGGGGAGCAGAUUUUUCCUUGGCAAAUGUGACAAAGGCAAAUUUGAGCAAUGCUAACUUAGAAGGUGCAUUUGCUACAGGCAAUACAUCUUUCCGGGGAUCAAAAAUUGUGGGUGCUGGGAUUUUCCAGGGAGUUGAUAAGCCCUUUGGAGAGGCAGAAGGCACAUAAGGAGAUCAUGCACUAGGAGAGUGGAGAAAAAUGAAGCACAGAUAAUGAUCAUCACACCACCUCACCCUGGUUGAUUAAAUGAUCCGAGAAAAGAAUGGAAGACCCAAAGCAAUUUUAUAACUACGAUCUAAUAUUCUACAAUCUGAAAAUUCUUGCAAAUUCAGAACUUAGAUGGCUAGGAAAAUGAAGGUGGAAGCUGCAAAGUUGCAUUCAAACAAGUAUUGUCGUUUUCAUUGCGACUGUUAAGACUUGAUAUGCAUUGUUGACUCACAGCUUAAUAACUUAACCUUUUAGGUAAAAUGGUAGUCUAAGAUGGUAUUAGAGCCAUGGUUGCCAAAAGGUUCUAGGUUUUACUCUUGUUGCCUGCAUUUAUUGUGUGCAAAAUUAUUGUAUUCCUUGUAAUGGGUGUUUUUU